AUGCUUGACCCUCCGUUCCCUUUAUUCGACGAUGGCACGGGCCGAGCCAACGUGGUAGGAGCACGUUCGGCAGCAGGGUUGGAGCUGACGGUCGGCACGGAGGUGUUUGACGACAGUGGCAAGUCGGUGGUGCGCAGCACUGUUGAUUAUCUGCAGGGCAUCAAGGUGCUGGGAGUGAAGCGAGUGGAGAAGGUGCUCCCGGUGGGCACCAGCCUCACUGUCGUGGGUGAGGCUGUGAGGGACGACCGGGGGAGCAUCACGCUGCAGCGGCCGCACCAGGGCGGCCCAUUCUUCGUCUCGCCGCGCUCCCUAGAUGCCCUCAUCGCCUCCCUCGGCACCUUCUCCCAGUGGUGCCGCUGGCUGUCGUAUGGGUGCACGGCGGUGGGAGCGGUGCUGAUAGUGGGGCGCAUUGUGGGGGGCGUGAUGGAGAGGAGGAGGAGGGCCGCCCUCAGGAGGAGAGUAUUUGAGGCGGAAGCAGCAGCGUCAGCAGCAAGGGAUCAGAGCAACUCAUCAGCCUCCCAAAACGAUCCUGCCACGUCAGAUGCAGCCAAGGAAGCAGCUGACGGGGACUUGCCAGCUCAGCUGCCCGACACCUGUGCGAGCACAUGUGCUGCUGUGUGCACUGUGCGGCUCAGCUCACUCAGUGCCCCUCAUUCUGCCAUGCCCUGUGCGGGCACAUGUGCUGUUGUGUGCACUGUGCGGCUCAGCUCACUCAGUGCCCCCUCUGCCGCCGCCGCGUCGACCAGCUAG